ACUAUCCGUCCCCUCAUCGCCGCUGCUCAUCUCCUUCCUCCCCCAACGCGAGUCCACCGAGACCCACCCCUGCGACGCCGCCGCACAACUCGAGCGGAGCAGUGCAGGCGAAACCCUACUCGAAGCCCGCGGCGAGCCACCGCCACCUCCAGAUCCGACCACACCGCGCCGCCGCAGCGAUGGUGUACUUCGAUUCGUGGGACGAGUUCGUCAGCAAGUCCGUCGAGCUCUUCCGCAACCACCCCGACACCACCCGCUACGUUGUCAAGUACCGGCACUGCGAAGGGAAGCUCGUGCUCAAGGUCACCGACAACCACGAGUGCUUGAAGUUUAAGACAGAUCAAGCUCAGGAUGCAAAGAAGAUGGAAAAACUGAACACCAUUUUUUUUACUCUCAUGACCCAUGGACCUGAUGCUGAUAUAAGUGAUGUUUCGGGGAAGGAACAGGCAGAACAACAGCAAUCAAAGAAAGGCCGGGGCAGGAGGCAGUAGUGUAUUGGGUCUGUCUUGAUUUUGUUCAAAGUAAAUCAUAACUGAAGUGGUGGAUGGACAUUUUGGCUCUUUGAUUGCUCUCGUAAUGUUCUGAAGGAGAUGUGAGAUAUUUUGGGAUUAAUUCUCUUGAAAAGAACUGAGUACCUUAUUACACUGUGGCCUGAUCAGAAAAACAAUCAAAUCUUCAACCCUUACUUUUGCCGCACCUCUGUGGUUCUUUUAGUAUGAUAUGUUGCAUGAUAAUCUCAGAAAUUCUUCGUUGUA